CUUGAUUCUAGGUUAAAAGUUUCUCUUUGAUAAAUACAAAUGUAUAAUUAUUGGAUAAAGUUUCAUAUAUUUGGAGAGAAAGAUGGGAAAUAUUUUGUUCAAUGGCGACUUCGUCGUUAGCAAUCGAAGCGGCAUCGUGGAGAACAGGCACUUGGUUAACGCUGCUGUGGUCGAUGCAACUGGCAAACUCCUGCACACUCUAGGCGACCCGUCACGAAUGACGAUAAUUCGAUCCGCAGCCAAACCUGUCCAGGCUAUCCCCUUAGUAGAAUCUGGAGGUAUGGAGCAGUUUGGUUUUGACGAUGCGGAUCUAGCACUCAUGUGCGGCUCUCACAAUAGCGAGGACAGACAUAUCGAGCGAGCGAAAGCCAUGUUGAUUAAGUCGGGUGUCCAGGAGAGCGAUCUUCAGUGCGGCGGUCACCAGUCUAUUAAUCCCGCUGUGACCAGGGCUUGGAUUCAGAAGGGAUUUGUACCUACACCAAUAUACAGCGCGUGUUCCGGUAAUCAUAUUGGCGUUAUAGCGGGCGCAAAAGCUAUCGGGGCUAGCGCUGUUAAUUAUCAUACGCUGGACCACCUAAUUCAGAACAGAAUUGGGUCUAUUAUGGAAGACUUGACAGGUCUUAGCUCAGACGAGGUUAAAUGGGCUUUGGAUGGCUGUAACAUGUAUUCACCAGCAACACCACUACAAUCUUUAGCCCUCACUUACGCUUCUUUUGCUCAGGCAGUUGAUGAUGUGGAAAAGGACGGCGAUUCAGUGUCUUUACGCACGCAGGCGAUGGCGCGCAUCUACAACGCGAUGGUUCAAUAUCCGGAAAAUGUUGCUGGUGAAGGCCGCUUCUGCACUUCUCUAAUUGAAGCCUACGGGGGUGCACUUAUUGGCAAGGGAGGCGGGGACGGCUGCUAUGCCAUUGGUGUUCGCGAGUCACAACAAACACGGCGGCUAGGUGCUAAGGGCGCUAUUGGAAUCGCCUUGAAAGUAGAGGACGGUAACUACGCUAUAAUGGACCCAACCGCAGUGGAACUCCUCGAGCAAUUACAGAUCGGGACGGCAGAAAUACGGCGGCGUCUAGGCCAUUUCCAUCGCGGUCAAAUUAAGAAUUCUGCGGGAGUAGUAACUGGACAUUUAUCUUUCCCAUUCAAAUUACGAGCAACUUGAAAAUCACAGCAUAUCUAUUAUUCACUCAUCAACUCCCUAGUUAAUCCUGCCUAGCAAAUACAGCUUAUGUCUUUAUGAUGGAUUAUGAGCAUUGACGAAAUACCCGCCGAUUUCCGGUGGCCGUAUCGGCAACAUCCUCCUAAUCCAGUAAAACUUCAGGGGUCUUCUCACCAACCGGAAUGGUUUCGGGGCUCAUUUUAACAUACUAGUAGCGAUAUAGUCGUGGGGGUCAGCACCAACAUGUCAGCCAUUUUUUAAGAUCCCCAAU